GCUUUCUUGCUUCACACGCGGCAUGGAACAGUGUGGUUUAACAGUGAUCAACUUUAAAGAGAUUUGAAAGUUAUUUCUUCUAGAGGUUGUGAAGCUCACUUUGCAUUAAUAGAAAACGGAUCUUCAGUUUUCUUCUGCUGAAAUGGCGCCCAAGGGUAGCGUGCGAAGAUCAGCUCCCAGUAAACCUGCUGUCCCUAAACAAUCUGACCAAGGUGAUAUGGAAGAAAACUUAGAUGAUACUGUAGAAUUGAUUGAAAAUGGGCAUGGAGUAAAACGUCAACUUCCGGCAGAUGUCACAGCUAAGAAAAAAAAGAAAAAAUCCAAGAAGGCCAAACUUGAGGAAGAUCUUGAACAUGAACAUGAAAAUGAAGAAGACAGUGGGCCUCAGGAAUUAGAAGAAAAAUCCACACUGUGUGAUGUAACUAAAAUAUUGCCAGGAUCUGCUAUGGGCUUGGAGAUAAUGAACAACACGGCCUUUUCAUCUCUCCAAGACAAGGUAUGCGAAAACACCUUGAAAGCAAUUGCAGAUAUGGGUUUCACUAACAUGACUGAAAUCCAAGCACGUUCAAUACCUGCCCUACUUGAAGGACGUGACCUUGUUGGGGCUGCCAAAACAGGGUCAGGAAAAACUUUAGCAUUUCUCGUCCCAGCUGUCGAACUCAUCUACAAAUUGAAGUUCAUGCCACGCAAUGGUACCGGCUGUGUCGUGAUAUCCCCCACACGAGAGUUGUCCAUGCAAACAUUUGGUGUUCUUAAAGAGCUUAUGAAAUAUCAUCAUCAUACAUAUGGCCUGUUAAUGGGUGGUGCAAAUAGAAAAACUGAGGCCGAUAAACUUUCCAAGGGUAUUAAUAUUGUCGUGGCAACGCCUGGUCGACUAUUGGAUCAUUUGCAAAAUACCCCCGACUUCCUAUAUAAAAAUCUACAAUGUUUAAUAAUUGACGAAGCCGAUCGUAUAUUGGAUAUUGGUUUUGAAGAAGAAUUGAAGCAGAUAAUCAACAUUUUACCCAAGCGACGACAAACGAUGCUGUUCAGUGCAACACAGUCAAAGAAAACCGAAGCAUUAACGACGCUCGCUUUGAAGAAAGAGCCGAUAUAUGUGGGUGUAGAUGAUGAAAAAGAAAAGGCAACUGUAGAAGGUUUAGAACAAGGCUACGUAGUAUGCCCAAGUGAGAAACGUUUUCUACUUUUAUUCACAUUCCUGAAAAAAAAUCGCAAGAAGAAGGUCAUGGUGUUCUUCAGUUCCUGUAUGUCCGUAAAAUAUCACCACGAACUUUUGAAUUACAUUGAUCUGCCAGUAAUGAGCAUUCACGGGAAACAAAAGCAAACUAAACGGACGACAACGUUUUUCCAAUUCUGCAAUGCCACAUCUGGUAUUCUUCUCUGCACCGACGUAGCUGCUCGAGGUCUUGACAUCCCCGAUGUUGAUUGGAUUGUGCAGUUCGAUCCACCAGAUGAUCCCAAGGAAUACAUUCAUAGAGUUGGCCGAACAGCUCGCGGAGAAGGCAGCAGCGGACACGCUCUGAUGGUUCUUCGUCCAGAAGAAUUGGGAUUCCUUCGUUACCUGAAACAAGCCCGUAUCCCAGUGAAUGAGUUCGAUUUCUCAUGGAACAAGAUCGCUGACAUACAGUUACAACUAGAAAAAUUGGUGUCAAAGAACUACUUUUUGAACACUUCCGCGAAGGAGGCAUUCAAAGCUUACGUACGGGCGUACGAUUCGCAUCACCUCAAGCAAAUCUUUGAUGUCGAGACCCUGGAUCUAGCAAAAGUUGCGAAAUCCUUUGGGUUUGUGGUACCGCCAGCUGUCGACCUGAAAGUUGGAAUCAGCAAGGAUUCAAGACCGAGAAAACGUCAAGGCGGUGGUGGUUACGGACACUUUAAAAAUCUGAACGCUAACCCGAGUGGUCGGCGACAAGUUGAUCGUUCAAAAACGUUCAGGCAAUCUGGAAAUAGGGGAAAGGAUCGCCGUCAAUUCGCGAGAUAGGGAAAUAAAUUAUGCACGAUUUUGAAAUUAACAAAAAUAAAUACCAAUCGAUAUAUUUACACUA